CUGGGUGGUUAUUCGAGUCUAUUCGAGUCGAUUCGAGUCGAUUCGAGUCGAUUCGAGCCGAUUCGAGUCGAUUCGAGCCGAUUCGAGCCGAUUCGAGUCGAUUCGAGCCGAUUCGAAUCGAUUCGAAUCGAUUCGAGGCAUUUUUUUAAAUUUUUAAUAAAAAUCUGGAAUGAAAAAUUGGGGUUUUCGCCUUCACAGUUACUUCUGGGUGGUUACUAAGCCUAAGCCUUUUUUAACAGUGUUAAAAAUUUUCUUUCAAUUUUUUUAGCUUUAAAGUUGCUUCUGGGUGGCUUACUAAGCUUUUUUUUACAUUUUUGGAUUUGUCCAAAUCUGUAACUUUUUUAAAAAAAUUUUUGUUAGCUACCCGCUUGACUCUUGUUAGCUACCCGCUUGAUUCGAAUCGGUUCGAAUCGGUUCGAACCGAUUCGAGUCGAUUCGAACCGAUUCGAACCGAUUCGAGUCGAUUCGAACCGAUUCGAACCGAUUCGAACCGAUUCGAACCGAUUCGAACCGAUUCGAAAAAAUUUUUGUUAGCUACCCGCUUGACUCUUGUUAGCUACCCGCUUGAUUCGAUCCGAUUCGAGUCGAUUCGAGUCGAUUCGAGUCGAUUCGAACCGAUUCGAGUCGAUUCGAACCGAUUCGAACCGAUUCGAGUCGAUUCGAACCGAUUCGAACCGAUUCGAACCGAUUCGAACCGAUUCGAACCGAUUCGAAAAAAAUUUUUGUUAGCUACCCGCUUGACUCUUGUUAGCUACCCGCUUGAUUCGAUCCGAUUCGAGUCGAUUCGAGUCGAUUCGAACCGAUUCGAACCGAUUCGAGUCGAUUCGAACCGAUUCGAACCGAUUCGAACCGAUUCGAACCGAUUCGAACCGAUUCGAAAAAAAUUUUUGUUAGCUACCCGCUUGACUCUUGUUAGCUACCCGCUUGAUUCGAUCCGAUUCGAGUCGAUUCGAGUCGAUUCGAGUCGAUUCGAGUCGAUUCGAGCCGAUUCGAGCCGAUUCGAGUCGAUUCGAGCCGAUUCGAAUCGAUUCGAAUCGAUUCGAAUCGAUUCGAAUCGAUACGAGGCAUUUUUUUUAAUUUUUCUGGGUGGUUAUUCGAGUCUGGGUGGUUAUUCGAGUCUAUUCGAGUCGAUUCGAGUCGAUUCGAGUCGAUUCGAGCCGAUUCGAGUCGAUUCGAGCCGAUUCGAGCCGAUUCGAGUCGAUUCGAGCCGAUUCGAAUCGAUUCGAAUCGAUUCGAGGCAUUUUUUUUUAAAUUUUUAA